GAAUGAGUGAGAAAUGAGUUUGGACUUCCCUGGUUCCAAAGUUCAGGUGGUGAAAUGAUUUUGUCAUCAACUUCUGGUGGGAAAGAUGUCACGGCGUUUGGCGAGAUCCUCAAAUCUGUCUCCAAACGAGUCGUCGGACUCCUCGAGGUAGAGAACAUCACCAUCAACUCUGCUCUGUUUCUAUUUGACAUCAGCGAUUUUCAUGCUGGUUAUUCGCACUCGCCGGAUUUGUUUAACUACAUUCUUCGCCGAAUUGUGGACUCCCGACGCGUUUGCCCCCGUUAUCAGAAUCGUUCAACUCUUUGAAGCCCAGAAGUUCAAAUGCCCUGAAGUUGUGGCGUUGACAGUGAUCAAAGCGUAUGCUAAAACUUCAAUGCCUGAUAAAGCAUUAGAUGUCUUUCAACAAAUACUUUUGUAUAUGCUUACUUUGAGUCGAGGAAUUGGUGGGUGUAAAGCCAAAUUUGCAAACGUAUAAUAUUUUUGGUUAAGAUUGGGUGCUAGGGUAAGGAGUUUCAGAAGGUGAAAGGGCUGUUGGAUUGGAUAAGGAUCAUAUUGGCCAAAGGUAGUAACGUGGUGGGUGCAAGGAAGAUGUUUGAUGAAAUGCCUGAGAAAGGAAUGAUACCUGAUGUUACUUGUUAUAACAUUUUGAUUAAUGGGUUUUUCAAGCAAGGGGAUUAUGUUAAAUGAGGUUUGGCAGAGAUUGCCGAAGGCAUCUUCUGUGUUCUCUAAUGUGAUUACUGAUAACUUAUAAUGUUGUGAUUAAUGGUUUGUGCAAAUGUGAGGGAUUUGAAGAGUGUUUGGAAAAAUGGGAUAGGAUGAAGAGGAAUGAUAGAGAAGGAUUUAUUUACAUGUUCUGAUAAAUGAGUUGAGAGAGAUGGUCAAGAGUGUGGUAUUGCCUGAUGUGGUAACUCACAAUGUAAUGCUUAAUGGAUUCUGCUGAGCAGGGAAGAUAAAAGAGAGUUUCAAAUUGGGGGAGGUCAUGGGGAAGGAGGGUUGUGAAAAUGUUACAAGUUAUUAUAACAUAUUUAAUGAAAGGCUUGUUGAGAUUGGGAAGGUGGGUGAAAAAAAUUUCUACAUGAGAGCUCGUGUCUGUUAAGUGUUGCAAUCCUAAUUCUACCACUCAUUAUGGAGUUUUAAUUCAUGGAUUGUGUAAGAAUGGGUUCUGUGAUAUCUACAACUUUCUGAAAUUAAGCACUGGUUUCCUUGUCCAUUAAAGGUGUACUUGAUCAGCUCAUGAAUGUGAUUUCUAGUUAGAAAGGCAGUUCUUUAAAAGUGAUUGAGGUAUGGCUGGAUGAGUUCCUACAG